AUGGCGUCGGCAUUCCCUCCCCCGCCGGUGGGCACCAUUGACUGGAAUAAUGUCGGCUUCAAGGUCCGAGAAGUCAACGGCCAUGUCGAAUCCCACUUCAGCCACUCCGGCGGCGGCACCUGGUCGGAGCCGAAAUUCGUCGCAUCCCCUCACCUGCAAAUCCACGGCAUGGCGCCGGGUCUCAACUACGGGCAGCAGGCGUACGAAGGCAUGAAGGCCUUCCGAUCCCCCCACGACGCAAAAGUCACAAUAUUCCGACCGCAGCGCAACGCCGUGCGCAUGCAGCGCUCUGCCGACUUCGUCUCGAUUCCGCAGGUGCCUGAGGAACACUUCCUCAAGUGUGUGAACUUGGCGGUUGCGGCCAAUGCAGAGUUUGUGCCUCCGCACGCAACGGGAGCAGCGAUGUAUAUUCGUCCGUUGAUAUUUGGGUCGGGAGCGCAGUUAGGCUUGGCGCCCGGUGAUGAGUAUACUUUUGUGGUAUUUGUCAUGCCGACAGGCGUGUAUCAUGGUGUACAUGGAGUUGAUGCUCUGAUUCUUGAGGAUUUUGAUCGGGCUGCUCCAGAGGGCACUGGGUCAGCAAAAGUCGGUGGGAAUUACGCCCCAGUGCUUCGUCACUCGCAAAAGGCGUAUGCGUCUAAGUACGGUAUCACGUUACACCUGGACAGCAAGACGCGUAGUGAGGUUGAUGAAUUCUCUACUUCGGCCUUUAUCGGCGUUCGGAAAGACGACAAUGGAUCUGUUACUCUUGUGACCCCUGAUAGUAAGAAUGUCAUUGAUUCGGUCACAGCGUCGUCUGUGUGCGAUAUUGCGUCCAAGUUGUUUGGGUAUAAGGUCGAGAAGCGACGGAUUCCGUACGAGGAAAUCUCGCAGUUUGCAGAAAUCUUUGCGGCGGGCACAGCAGCAGCGCUCGUGCCGGUCAAGUCGAUAACGUUGGAGUCGAAACACGACAAGUUUGCAUUUGAUGUCGGCACGGAUAACCUUGGUGGCGAGGUGUGUAGGAAACUUCUGAAAACGCUCAAGGGUAUUCAGAAUGGUACAGAAGAGGAUAAACUAGGUUGGAACUUCGAGGUCCAGGCUCCACCGAAAGGAUUUGUGGAAGGCGUUGGAGAGGUGAACGGAAGCGCGACCAGUGUGCCUUGA